AUGGCUAGUGUUGAUCUGCCAACUCCCCCGGAAACGGCGCGGACGUCUCCCAAACCUCGCUCAGCAUCCCCUCCGUACGAGGUGCCCAAGAUCAGCCUUGUGGACCGCUUCAUCGACCAGCCCAGGGAGCUCAACGUGGCCGUCAUUGGCGCCGGUCUGGCCGGCGUGCUGGCGGGCAUCCUGCUGUCGGCCAAGGUGCCCGGCAUCAAGCUCACCAUCUACGAGAAGAACGCGGACGUGGGAGGCACCUGGUUCGAGAACGUGUACCCGGGCGUGCGCUGCGACGUGCCCGCCCACGUCUACCAGUCGACCUUUGACCCCAACACGCAGUGGACCGAGGAGUUUGCGCAGGGCCCCGAGAUCCUCGCGUACUGGAAGGGGCUCGCCCGCAAGUACGAUGUCUACAAGCUGCUCAAGCUCUCGCACAGGGUGGACGCGCUGGACUGGGACCCGGAGACGUCUCAAUGGCAGAUCAACGUGCGCGAUCUCGAGGCGGAUGCGUCGCGGGUCGACAGGGCCGACUUCGUGCUCACGGCCAUUGGCCGCUUCAACGCCUGGAAGCUGCCCGACUACCCCGGCAUAGAGGACUACAAGGGGCUCCUGCGGCACACGUCCAACUGGGAUCCGUCAUUCGACGUCACGGGCAAGAGGGUGGCCGUCAUCGGCAACGGCGCCAGCGGGAUCCAGCUCGUCGCCAACAUCCAGAAGCGCGUCGCGCGGCUGGACCACUACGCCCGCAAUAAGACGUGGGUGGCCGCCUCCUUCGCCGGCCACGAGACGUCCAUCGAGCCCAAGACGAUCCCGCAGGAGCUCCGCGACUCGUUCAAGGAGGACCCGGAGGCGUAUCUGCGGUACCGCAAGGCGAUGGAGCAGACCUACUUCAGGGGCUUCAAGGGCUGGCUCAAGGGCUCCGCGAGCAACGACGAGGCCAAGGAGGCCUUUACGCAGCUGGCCAGGACGCGGCUGGCAGCCAAGCCGGAGCUGUUUGAGCGCAUCAUCCCCGACUUCUCCCCGCACUGCCGCCGGCUCACGCCGGGGCCGGGCUACUUCGAGGCCCUCUCCCAGCCCAACGUCGAGUACGUCCAGACGCGCAUCAGGCGCUUCACGGAGACGGGCAUCGAGACGACCGACGGCACGAUUCGAGAGGUGGACGCCGUCUUCUGCGCCACGGGCGCCAACUCGGACAUGGCGCCCCCCUUUCCGAUCCGCUCGGGGGCCGCCGACCUGCGCCGCGACUGGAGCCACUCCGGCGGCGCGUACGGCUUCCCCUACGCGUACAUGGGCGUAGCCUCGCCCGGGUUCCCGAACCUGCUCUUCGUCCACGGGCCGAGCGCGUCGGGCCGGUCGGGCACGGUGCCGCACAACGUCGAGAACCAAAUCACCUUCUUCGCCAAGAUCCUGCGCAAGGUGAGCCGCGAGGGCAUCCGCACCAUGGCGCCGUCGCGCGCGGCCACGGACGACUUCGUGGCGUACAACGACGCCUUCUUCGAGACGACGGUGCUGUCCGAGAAGUGCAGCUCGUGGUACAACGGCGGCAUCCCGGGCGGGAGGAUCCACGGCCUGUGGCCCGGCAGCGCGACGCACCUGACCGUCGUGCAGAAGGACCCGCGCUGGGAGGACUGGGAGUACGAGUACCUGUCCGAGACGGGGAACCGGUUCGCCUGGUACUUUGGCAACGGGAGCACGGCGGUCGAGGCCGAUCCCGAGGCGGACAUUACGCCGUACCUCAGGGCCGGGAGGGCGGAUUUGCGAGGGCUGCAUGAGGAGUGGUGGGUCGUGCCGUGA